AUGAUAAAAUAUAAGGGGAGAAAAUUAGUUGGAAUAAAUUUAAAAGAAAAAUUUUGGGCGUGUGGGGAGGAAAGUACAAAGAUAAUUUAAAGAGAAAAGUACAGCAUCUAAAUCAAAGUAUUAUCUAAAGUCAAAUAAAAGAUAUAUAAAACCAAAAGUAUAUAAAUAAAAAUGGGUAAAACCUACAUCAACACUUCCAAGACCUACUCUACCCCCAGAAGACCUUAUGAAAAGGAAAGACUCGAUAAUGAAAUGAAGCUUAUCGGUACUUUCGGUUUAAAGAACAAGAGAGAAGUCUGGAGAGUUUAAAUGAUCUUGGCUAAGUUCAGAAAGGCUGCUAGAGAAUUGCUCACCUUAGACCCCAAGGACCCCAGAAGAUUAUUCGAAGGUUCCGCCCUUUUAAGAAGAAUGUUCAAAUACGGUCUCCUCAGUGAAUAAGAAAGAAAGUUGGAUUACGUCUUGGGUUUGACCAUUCACAAGCUCAUGGAAAGAAGACUCCAAACCAGAGUUUUCAAGUUAAAUUUGGCUAACUCUAUCCACCAUUCCAGAGUCCUUAUUAGACAAAGACACAUCAAGGUUGGUAAGAACUUAGUCAAUGUUCCUUCCUUCAUGGUUAGAACUGACUCUGAAAAGUCUAUCGAUUUUGCUUCUACUUCUCCCUUAGGUGGUGGUCGCGAAGGUAGAACCAAGAGAAAGAAUGCCAAGAAGUCUGCUUGA